AUGUCGAACUCCAUACCUGCAGAAUUCAUCCCAUACUUCACUGGCGAGAAGAUAGAUAACGGCUCGCUUCAUUCAACAAUCAUCAAGCUGAACAGCGUACUAAUUGCUCUUGUGGUUUCUACCUCAGCACUGCGCUUCUGGGUUCGAUUUCAUAUGCUUCGGUCUGGCGGGCUUGACGACAUACUUCUGUUGGUAGCCGUCGUCUUUUCUCUCUGCUUAUCUAUAUCCGCUAUCGUCGGCGACAGGUAUGGUCUUGGAAUCCACCUCUGGAAUCUUGGCGAUGGCUCUCUGGAAUCAAUUCUAUCGAGCCUAUCGAGGAUAGUGAAGUCGCUUUAUGGAUGUUAUCUUUCUUACACGACGUCCAUCACGUUCACCAAGUUAUCGAUAAUGGCAACAUACGUCCGAUUUCUCCCACCAGGCAUUGCACGAAAAAUUAACUUUGCACUGGCUGUUGUGAUAUUGCUCUUCUGGAUUAGCUCAAUAUUUUCCAUUAUCUUCCAGUGUGUCCCUGCUCAGGCUGCAUGGAACUACAGCGUGAAGGGGCAAUGUCAUCCGAUCAAGACGUUCUUCUUGUCAUUAUCGACCUUCAAUGUUAUCACCGAUAUCCUUCUUUGCAUUCUGCCAGUUCCUCUCUUGUGGUCGCUGAAAAUGCCGAAAGCACAACGAGCUGUCCUGUGUCUCCUGUUUUGCAUGGGUACUUUUGCAUCAGUGGCAAGCAUUCUGAGACUUACUCAUUUGGACCACUUGGACAGCCUGGAUAUUUCAUUCAAGACUGUAACGCCAUUGAACUGGUCUACAGUCGAGGCUGAUGUCGGAGUUAUUUGCGUAGCAUUGUCAGCCCUCCGUCCGCUCGUGAAGCGUCUCGUGCCCGACUCCUUCCAAUCAAACUCCCGCGUUCCAAGUCCAAAUGCAUACGAGACAAUACAGACGACAACUAUGUGCACCUCCAAGACAAGGACUGUGCAGCUGAAUGCAAUGGUGCAGCAUGCACCAUUGACAAGAGCGUGUUCGGCCGUGUCGUCGAAAAGCGAAAUUCUCGUGGAGAGGACGUUCGAGGUCAAGGAGAUACAAGCGAUGCCAGCGAUCGAAACGAGUUCAAAAGAGCUUCCCCCACUGCCGAGUCCAAUUCAGCUGCUGGUGAUACCACCGAUGUCAUAUCAACGCGAUUCCGGCAGACGGAGUGUCGUGGGGAUGUUUACAGCGGACUUCCUGGAUGCGACAUCCACCGAGGACUCUGAAUCUGAUAAGUCUGCGCUUGAUAACGACUCGUCGGGCGAGGAAGAGACAGCCGCCGAUGACGAUGGGACGUCUACUAUUAGAUGUCUUGACGGGACUCCACACGCUCUCUGA